ACACACACAUGAAUGGAUUGAUAGUUUAUUCUACCUAGGAGGAAAAUUAAAGAGUUUAUAGAGAAUAAGCAAACUAAACUAAAUGAAAAAGGGUUCAAAAAAUGGGCGAAAGUGUUGCAUCAAAAAGAGUGGUUCGCAGUACUGGGCACAAAUACUGUAUGUGCCCAAUGUGUAAAAAAAAAAGAAAAAAAAGCUGCUGCUCACAGAGGAGAAAGAAUGCAAAAAGUUUGAUAAAACUAAUGGCAAAAGCAGUUUGAGAAAACUCUAAGAUCCUGUAUUUUACUAGACUGUUUUGGUUUAGUGUUUUCUCAUCCCACACUCGUCCCAUAUCUGCAUGAACAGUCGGCUGGGCUGUUCCUUGAACGCACCUCCUUCUUCCUGAGUGGCUUUUCUACUUUCGUCGCCACACUGAAAGGGAGCGACUGUUGAGUGAGUUUAACCAGCCUCAGAUCAGUCCUCCAGGUCAGGACCCUCUCUCCACGGAGACACAGCCUGAUAGCGAGGGCUCCCAUUGAGGAUUACAGCAGGUGUGAAGAUUAAAAUCAGACAUUUGGUUGUUUGUGGAAGUGGACUGGAGAGUGGGGCAAGCACCGGCACCGUUUCCCACGGACUAAUCUGCCUUAGAGGGCGGGGGUUGGGUGUGUGUGUGUGUGUGUUUUUUUUUUAAGGGGUACCACUCAUUCUCACACACCCCUCCUCAGCAGCAUCCUGAGCAGGUCUUCUAGUCAUUUCCACUGUGAACGAGCAACAGGUUGAGCAGAAGCAGCAGCAGCAGUGUGAAGGCGACUGAAGCCUACCAUGCCGAGCAAAAGCCAGUAUCUGCGCCCCCGGCUGUGCACGCUGGAGAAGGGGGACAACGGCUACGGCUUCCACCUCCACGGGGAGAAAGGUAAGACGGGGCAGUUUAUCCGUUUAGUGGAGUCCGACAGCCCGGCAGAAACCUCGGGGCUCCGCGCCGGAGACCGACUGGUGUUCGUGAACGGGGACGACGUGGAGAACGAGAGCCACCAGCAGGUCGUGUCCCGGAUACGAGCCACCGUGGGCCGGCUGGAGCUCAUAGUGGUGGACCCGGACACGGAGCAGCUGCUGAAGAAACACAACAUGAAGUGUCUGAAGGAGUAUGUGACCGACGGCGUCCCGUUACCCUUCGACGAGGAGGAAGAGGAAGAGGAGGAGGAGGAGAAGGUGGUCGUGGUGGAGGAGGUCGGGGAGGUAGACGGGACAGAAAACGGGGUCGAGCGGCAUGCCAAGCAGGACGAGGUGGAGGAGGAGGCGGAGGAGGAGGUGGAGAAGGUGGCGGUGGUGGAGCAGCGGCUGCGGCAGCAGGAGAUGACACCCAGGGAGUCCACGCCGGUCCCGGAGAGUAACGGAGAAAUCCACGAGCACGUCGACAAGAAGCUGAGCAUCAGCUCAGAGAAGGAGGUGUGUACUGAGCCGCGGCCACGUCUGUGUGUGAUCCAGCGAGGGUCUAACGGAUAUGGCUUCAACCUGCACAGCGAGCGCGCGCGGCCGGGCCAGUACAUCAGAGCCGUGGAUGAAGACUCUCCAGCAGAGAGGGCAGGCCUGCUGGCCAAGGACAGGAUAAUACAGGUGAACGGUGUGUCAGUGGAGGGGAAGACGCACUCACAGGUAGUGGCUGCCAUUAAAGCCGGCGGGAGUGAGACCCGGCUGCUGGUGGUGGACCCCGACACAGACGCCUUUUACAAGAGGUGCAGAGUGGCCCCCACCUUGGAGCACUUGUCUGGUCCACUGCCAGAACCUGUCAUUAAUGGAGGAAUGGAGGAGAAGGUGAAUGGCAGAGGGGCCAAAGAGGCAGAGAGGGACUCAAAGCUGUCAGUCAGUCCCUCUCCAUCCAACGCCUCAUCCAACACCUCGCUCACCAUCCCGCCCACAAACACCCCACCUGAGGGUUUGAUCAAGGAAGCCAUCCCAGCUCUCAACCUGAGUCUGCAGCAGGUCAAAGAGCUCGCCCACCAGAAACGAUCCAACAAAAGAGCUCCACCCAUGGACUGGACCAAGAAAAAUGAACUCUUCAGCAACCUAUAGGGCAUCUCAGAUCACCUGCCACACACCCACACACACACAGAUUUUUAUUAUAGUGACUUCGCAGAAAGAGACAUAAGAAAGACAUUUUUUUAUUAUUAUAAUGACAUUAUAAGAGCAGUUUAACUAUUGGCAGAAGACAAAAUUCAGGCCGUUCUGUAAAAUAUAGUCUUCAUAUUACUCUUCAUGUUAUUAUAACCCAGAUAUUAAACGUAUAAUGUGCUACUAACAAUGAAAGAUGCAUAUGCCAAUGAAAGAGAACUGGACCGUGCUGAAAAUGUGUAUGUAUGUGUGUAUUUGGCUAUUUUUGCCCUGUGAAUAUGUGGGCAUGGUUUCCUUUGUGUGUGUCUGCGUGUGGACCCUUACAGUCUGAUGCCUGUGGAAAUGAGGAGGCGUAGAUCAUCAUGCUUCAUUUAAUAAUCCGCUCCUCUUUAUAUUAACAUUUAAAGCAUUAAAGUGUCGUCUGAAUGACAGCAGGACAAGCCACAUACUGUAAAACCAGCCUGACAAUCUGUACUUCAUUUAUCUCCAAUUUACUCAGUUAUCAGUUUAGGGAUCAAACAUCUGACACAGGACUGAGAUAUAUUUACUUUUGGGUCAUUUAUUUCAAUGUAAUUCACUCUAACUUUUUUCUUCUACAGAUUAUAUGUUAGAGCUGUAUGAUCCUUAAAAUAAGAUAUACACAACAUGUUGCUUUCUAACAUGAAACUCCUUUUGGGAAUCAUUUGUGAUUUUCUUUUUAGGGAAAUAUUUACUGAUGGCUUUAAACUGGAAAGAACUCUUAUUUUAAUGUGGGUUAUCUUAUAAGGUAUGUAUAUAUCAUAUAUUGUGUAUAUUUUUUCAUUUGUCACAUAAAUGUCACUCUCUGAAAUGAAAAUGAUUUCAGCUUAAUCCUGUGUCGCUACAAUGCCAUCCAACAUUCCUCCAUACAUUGUCUGAAUAUGUGAUAUCAUCCUUUGAAUAAAUGUGAACUACAUUUUAUUAUGAGUAACUUAUACCGUCCUUAUACUUUGCCAUCAUGUCCGCUGUGAAUGGCUGCUCAGUUCACAUUUUUUAGCAUAAUGGAAGAUUUUUAUUGCUCCUUGAAAAUGCUUGGUGAAAGAUUUUUACACAUUUCUAUUGAUGUCUUAAAACAAUAAUUAUGUAACUUUUAGAUCACAUAUUUCCAAAAGAAUGUAUGUGCUUCACUAGAUUUUAUGUAGUUUGUCCAAUAUUGAGAAAAAUGUGAUGCUUUUAAAACUGAAUGAUUGAAUUGUAUGAAGAGUUGUAGAUUGUAAUAAAUCAGUCAUCACAACAACAUUA